AGAAAGACAUGCAAACAUGAAAGGGAGUGGUUAGCAGUGCAGUAUUUAUUCAGACACCUCCGCGUGUUCUUCACUGGCCCACUGUCUGCAAACAUGGCAACGCACUUCUGUACGAACGCUGAGGAGAGUCCGGAGCCUCUGAAGGCUGAAGUUAAAGGGACUAUUCCCAGCUGGCUGCAAGGCACAUUGCUGCGCAAUGGCCCCGGCAUCUUCUCUUUGGGGGACACCAGCUACGACCACUUCUUUGACGGGAUGGCCAUCAUGCACAGCUUCGCCUUUAAAGAUGGUGAAAUGACCCACAGGAGCAGAUUUCUCAGAAGUGACACCUACAAAGCCAACAUGGCUGCAAACAGGAUUGUUGUCUCUGAAAUGGGGACAAUGGCAUAUCCAGAUCCAAGCAAGAACUUUGUUUUCAAGGCCAUUACCUUCCUCAACCACACAGUGCCCGACUUCACUGACAAUGGUGCAAGCAAUUUCAUGAAAUAUGGAAAUGACAUUUAUGCUACCUCUGAAACCAACUACAUCCGCAAGAUUGAUCCUGUGACCCUGGAAACUCAGGAGAAGGUGGACUACUUGAAGUACCUGCCAGUAAACCUGGCUUCAUCCCAUCCUCACUAUGACAAAGAGGGCAACGCUUACAACAUGGGAACUUCAGUAGCAGAGAAGGGGAAGACUAAAUACAUACUGUUCAAAGUCCCUGCUGUUUCUGGAACAGAGACAAACAAGAAAGUUCCUGCUCUAAAAAAUGUGGAGGUCAUCUGCAACGUUCCCUGUCGCUCUCUGCUCCAACCCAGCUACUACCACAGCUUCGGUAUGACUGAAAACUACUUCAUCUUCAUCGAGCAACCUCUGAAGCUGGACAUCCUCAAGAUGGCCACUGCAUACAUGAGAGGAGUCAACUGGGCCAGCUGCUUGAAAUUCUGCCCUGAGGAAAAUACCCUGAUCCACCUGAUAGACAGAAAGACGGGCAAAGAGGUCGAGACAAAGUACUACACUGGAUCAAUAGUCGUCUACCAUCAUGUGAACGCUUUUGAGGAGGACGGUCAUGUGGUGUUUGAUGUGAUCGCUUACAAGGAUAACAGCCUUUAUGACAUGUUCUACCUGAGCAAGCUGAAGGAAAACUUACAGUUCCAGGAUGACUCCUACUCCAAACCAAAAUACAGGAGAUUUGUACUUCCCAUCCGCUCAGACAAGGGCAUUGCCGUUGGAGAGGACCUGGUGAAACUCAAAUACACAACAGCCAGUGCUGUGAAGGAAAAAGAAGGCAAGCUGAUGUGCCAGUCAGAGGUGCUCUGUGAAGGUUUUGAAUUACCACGACUGAAUUAUGACUUCAAUGGCAAGAAGCACCGAUUCGUCUACGGGAACUCUGUGGAGGAGUCUGCUUUGUCAAAAGAGAUUGGGAAGUUGGACACAGAAACCAAGGAAAAGCUUAAAUGGAGCGAGGACAACUGCUGGCCGUCAGAGCCUGUGUUCAUCCCCAGACCAAACGGAGAGUCUGAAGAUGAUGGUGUGGUCUUAACAUCAGUUAUCAACAGCAACCCAGGCCAGUCCAGUUUCAUCCUCCUGCUUGACGGCAAAACAUUCAAAGAAGUGGCUCGAGCGUACGUGAGCACCUGGCUCCACAAGGAUUUGCAUGGGCUUUUUAUCCCACAAUGAAAUCAGUUAGUUAUGUUGAAACGGCUUUGCAAAACGUAAACUACCUUUCCUCUUUGAGCUUAUACCGACUGUAUGAAAAACUAAUGUCUCUAUGAAAGCUUUUGAAGAAACUGGCAGAUUCAUUGGUUUCCUUUGGAUCAAAACUUUGCUUAUGCUUGUAUAUUUAUAAAUAUAUCUGUAUCUCUGUUAUGUUGUCAACAUUAUUGUAUUGCGCUGCUAUGACUGUUAUUUUACUUGUGCUUGUAACUUUUCAUUUAAAAAAAAAAUAAUCUAGAAAGUAUGAAGGUUGUCAGACUCAAUUCAAUUAGAAAAUCGCUAAUUCAUUCUACAAAUUCUGGAGUUCGAACAUAGAGUUAGACACCAUCUUUUUUUGUUUCAUUUAACCAUCAGACUAUGUUGAUUAAUCACCUAGCUUUACAGAUAAUCAUCUAAAAUAGGUUUAAAUUUAAUUAAGUCUGCACCAGAGCUUGAAGAGACAGAGAAAUUCAAUCCACAAAAAGGUUGUUUUUUGUCUGAUGAAAACAAGUUAGCUGUGUUUCAAAGUAAAAUGUGUGCCAAAGUGACACUUCUCUUGUGAAAACAAGGUUGCCUUGAGGUGUCAUAAACCCCCGUCUUCUAGCAAAGGCCCAAAGACUCUUUACUCACCGCUGCCUGUAGUCUCAGGAAGAUAAUGCAGAUCAGGCUGUAUUGCAUUGCAGAUAGACUUGUUGAUUAACAAUGGGAAGGAGAUGAUUCCUGGUGGAAAAGCGGAUUCAAAAGACCCAAAAUACUCAACCUUAAUGCAAGAAGACAGGUUUUAAUAGUCACUGCAGAGAUUUUCAGACUAUCUCAAAGCACAUUCAACAGCAGUGUUGAGGCAGGAUGAAAGCAUACAUAUUGGGCAUGCAUGAAUUCACCACAUAUAGAUAUAGAUGAUUACAAUUUUAUGGAGAAGAAAUUUAUAAAACACAACUAUAAGAGGCGUUCUCACUCCUGAACUCUUUCCUGUUUCAUUAAGAAGGAAAACA